GCACCGACUUUCAAGUAUUUUAGUGGUUAGGCAUAUUGUAUUUUUAUGCUUUUGAAUAUCCCUUUAGUUCGUUAAUGAGGGUGAAUCAACGUAAUGUUUUUUCCACACAUUACAUGGAUCUGAGUGAUUUCGAGGCGGAUAACUCUGUGAGCUGCCGCUUGUCCUCAUCCAUCCCGGAUGUGUGUAAGACAGAGGACUGCUGCCUGGGCAUUGAUGAGGCGGGCAGGGGUCCCGUACUGGGACCCAUGGUGUAUGGGAUAUGUUUCUGUCCUGUAUCCAAAAAGGAAGAUCUGAAGAAUUUGAAAGUGGCAGAUUCAAAGACGCUGACGGAGGCAGAGAGAGAAAACCUGUUUUUGAAGCUCGAUGAGGCUAAAACUUUUAUAGGCUGGGCCCUUCAGAUCCUCUCCCCGAACACCAUUUCCACCAGCAUGCUGCAAAGAGCAAAAUACAAUCUGAAUGCCCUGUCACAUGAUGCUGCUAUUGGUCUGGUGCAGUACGCUUUAGAUUGUGGGGUGCAGCUCAAAGAGGUGUUUGUGGAUACGGUGGGCCCUGCAGAGAAGUAUCAGGAGAAGCUCUCCCAGCGGUUCCCCGGGGUGGAGGUCACCGUCCGUCCCAAAGCUGACUCGCUCUUCCCCAUUGUCAGUGCUGCCAGCAUCUGUGCCAAGGUGGCAAGAGACCAUGCUGUGAAAUCUUGGAAAUUUGCAGAAGAUUUGGGUGACGUGGACACAGAUUAUGGCUCUGGGUAUCCUAAUGAUCCCAAAACUAAGAGCUGGCUGCUGAAGUAUCUGGACCCAGUGUUUGGUUAUCCUCAGUUUGUGAGGUUCAGCUGGAGCACAGCACAGACGCUUAUGGACAGUAAAGCUGUUGCUGUUCACUGGGACGAUGAUGAGGAAGAUGGAGAAAAAGCUGCCGCUCGUCAGAAUAACACCUCAAUGCUGUCGUAUUUCAGCCGCAGCAAGCCGUCAGAGCUCACGCACACACGAGACACACACCGCUUUUUCACUGAGCGCAAACUACAGAGCAUCAACACACUCUGAACACAAACACAGUCAAUCACAGUCAAUCAAGAGCGGCAGUCAACAUAUUAAAAAUACAUGUCAUCUGGCUAUAACCAACAUUAUAUCGCAAAUAAUGAACUGUGGAUGAACCAGCUGAGCAACAAAAUGGAUUAUCGUCUCAUGUUUGUUUGUUUUUAUGGUGUUUAUUUUUCAUUUUUUGUAAAAUAAAUAAAAUGUUCAUUUUCA